CCCCGUGGGUCCACUUCCGGCGUCGCGGCUCUUCCGGACAAGAACUGCCAGGGCUGGCGUCCGAGUCUCGGCGGGCGCCUGACUGACGGACGCGCCGACCGGCCAUGGCGCCCGGCGGGGCCCGCGGGCCGACGCCGUGCUGGGGGCUGUCCCUCGGCGGCGCCGCGCUGCUCCUGCUGCUCGUCCCGGCGGCCGCGGCGCAGGAGCCGUCCGCAGCGGCCUGUUCUCAGAACACAAACAGAACCUGUGAAGAGUGCCUGAAGAACGUCUCCUGUCUGUGGUGCAACGCCAACAAGGCAUGUUUGGACUACCCAGUUACAAAAAUCUUGCCACCUGGUUCACUUUGUAAAUUGAGUUCUGCACGCUGGGGUGUUUGCUGGGUGAACUUUGAGGCGUUGAUUAUUGCCAUGUCGGUGGUGGGGGCGGCCAUUCUCCUGGGCAUUGCUGUCUGCUGCUGCUGCUGCUGCCGGAGGAAGAGGCGUCGGGAGCUGGACAAGAGUGACGAGAAGGAGAUGAGAGAGCGGGAAGAGCGGCGGAUGCGGCAGGAGGAAAGGAGAGCAGAGAUGAAGUUAAGACAUGAUGAAAUCAGAAAAAAAUAUGGUUUGUUUAAAGAAGAAAACCCUUAUGCCAGAUUCGAAAACAACUGAAACUCUGUGACUCGCCAGGCAAUCCGGAGCUUCCUGCACCCUCAGCACAGCCCAGCGGGGGGCGCGCUGCUCCCGUCUCGCUCCCGACCUCGGCGCUGCCCCUGCCAGCCCUCCAGGACGGGCACUCGGGGAGCUGCCCUGGAAGGACAGUUCUGUCCCUGCAAACUUGCGACCUUCUGUUCUGUUUCCUGUUACCUCUAUCUCUGUAGUCACUUGGGGUGGUAAACCUUUGGGGGUCUUUUGUUUUUGUUUUUUUGAGGAGGAAAUGUGCCUAUUCAGCUACUCUUCUAGAUUUAUGAGCUCGUUGCAGACUAAGCAGUGAAACAGCACUAACUCGCUGUUGCUGUUGAUGUUCUGUGCAGCAGCAGAAUCCUUGAGUUCCUCUCUGCCCACUGACAGGCUUCACGCAGCAACAGGUGGAAGUCGGAUUUACUUUUGCUGUGGGGAGAGCUGACUGGGCCCUCAUCGUUUCCCCAUGAAGCCAUGGACAGCAUCUCUGGUCCUGCCUGUGCACGGCCUGGCGUGCCCGUCUCGUUUGAAUCCUCACCUGGGUUGACGCAGGUGGCUUUUGCUGAAGACAGCGUUCCAGUACACAGUCUAGUAGGGAUCCACUUCCUGACCUCAGCUGUACUGAGCAGCAUUGAGGAAUAGGUAAAAUCACUGCCAUUUUUAAAAAAAUAAUUCGUGGAUUCUUUCCUCCACCUAAAAGAGUUCACCAAAAAACUUUCAUAUAAAAGUUCAGACCCCUUAUUGGACAAUUUGUAAAAUUUGUAUUUUUAGAAGAACAUGAGAAUCUUUUUCCCGGUAGAACCUUGAAUGAUAGAUGCAGUUUUCAGCCCUGCCUCUAAGUCAGCUGCUCGUGUGCGGACAGCAGGAGGAGGGCGCUGCUGCGCUGUCUCCAGCCCGGUGGACGUCCGGGAGUCUGCGCGAGUGGCAGAUCUCUCUGCUUGUCAGGCUGCCCGGGUCAUGGGGUGUGGCAGGAGGAGGAAGGGCUCAUCCCCAGGCCCUGGAAGCAGCAGUGUCCAGGGCCGGCUGCGGGGCCUCCACACAGCCCCCGGCAGACAGUGACGAGUGUCCUGCCUUGGGAGGUCACUCUGGCUUCCAGCCUUUCUGGCCUGGACGUGUUUUGAGCAUUUUCUUCAGAGUCGGGUUCUCUGAGAGUUCUUCGAUGGCACUCCAGGUACCCAUGAUGCUGUGCGUGUCAUACAUUUCCUUAAAAUCAAGAUAUGUGACUUUAGUAAAUGGACCAAACUCUUCAUGGCAGGGAAAGCAAUAUACAAUGAAAUAACUAUGUGCAAAGCUUUGCUUAAAAACAAUUUGAGAGUAGUCCCAGUUGCCAGACUGCUUUGAAUUCAGAAAAGUUUUGCUUUGGAAAAAUAGGUCGGCAGCACCUAAAAUAACCAGUGUGUUUCAUUUUCACACUUACAGUCAUGCUGUUAGAGAAAACUGUCUUCAGCAUGAAAUAAAGUUCACAGACAGAUCACUGUGACCCAAAAUACUUUAAGAAAUCAUCAAACAGCUCAAUGAGCCUUUUUAGCUGAGUAUGUCUGUACCGUGAACUAACACUUCCACCCUGAAACUUUCACAAACUAAGGACAUAACUUUAACAAAUUCUUUACUAUUAUUUUUCUGACUUCUUGGGCAUUUGUAGUAUUACAAAGAUUCCUAAGUGUUUUAUACCAGCCAUUAAAAUUUGACCAUUCAUAAAAGAAACUCUCUAAUAGAUUCUAGUGAACUUUGUGUCAAUACAGUAGUAUGUAUAUAAAGUCACACUGUCUCCUGAAUGUAGGUCGCUGAGCGGAAAGUAGAGCUACCAGUUGUUAAAUUUAGCGUAUUUAAUCCUUUCACGUAGCACAGACACCUGGUCGGGGUGUUUGUCAGGCUGGUCUUGGCCCAUGUGCUUUCCUCUGCUUUAGUACUAAGAGCAGCCACAAAAUCGUAACCUCACGGAAACCACGAGUUUGGAGUGCCUUAAUCUUUAACCAGUUUCCAAUGAAAUGGUUUAAUACACACUUCUGUUUAGCAA